UAUAGUGUCAAUCAUGUAGUGUGACGUUUCCCAGUAACACAGGGAAGUACUGUUACGUAUAUGUUUUGAACUGUUAAAGGGCAAUUUAAAAAAAUUUUGUUGCGAUCGUACCACCAGGCGCUUUACAAAUGCUAAAGUUAGCAUUUUAUUCGAUUGUGAAUCGCCAUAACAGCUGUGUAGAGGAUUUAACAUCAUUAAUUUGGGAUUAAAUUACAAAGUUAAAGAUGUCGGAAGCCAAGUCGUAUUUUGAUUUCGGUUGCCACAUCCAAAAUCUCCUCUUCAAGGGCGUCUCCGUCUCGUCCGUCGGUGGAAUGAUCGGACUGUGUAUAGGAACGGCAUUUCUCACUUUAAGCUACGAGUCCAUGAAAGUUUUCAGACAUCGCCUGACUCUGCUACAGAGUAAGCGUUCGGAUUCCAUCCCCAGAUCGGAAUCGUCCCGCUCGGAGAACGAUUUCUUGGUCACAAGAACUCUGUCUGCUCAGACUCUAAAAAGGUUGAAGUUCCACUUUGUCCAGACUAUUUUGUAUGUGCUGCAAGUAGUCCUAGGAUAUUUUCUAAUGCUAAUAAUCAUGAGUUAUAACGUUUGGUUGGCCAUUACGAUAUUCCUGACAUCAGGAUGCUGCUACUACCUGUUUGGCGUCUUUGUGUUGUCUCGUUCGGUGGUGGUUCCCAUCGAGUUCAUGUCCACCGACGAUCACUAGAAGUGGAAAUUUCGUACGCCGGAAAGAAGUUUCGGAAAAUAUCUAACGAUUUGUAAAAUCACCAAAGGUAUCUUAGAAUUUUUGUUAAUCUCUCUUGUUUUUUGCGACCAUAUGUGAUAUGUGUGGCGCGAGAGUCGACGUUCUCAGUAAUCGAGGCGAUACACUUCAACACAAUUUUGAGCUUAUGUUUCUCACAAAGUUUUUAUUGUCUUGCGUAACUAGCUUAAACCAAAAAAAUGUUACUUGCAUACACCCGAUACUACACUUUGCACGUAUAAUGCACAAUAGCGAUGCGAGUGGAUUUAUUUCAGAAUUAUUUAAUUAUUAUCAGUCGUGUCGCAUAUUAAUUUAUUUUGUAAAAUCCGUAGCCGAGUGCAUAAUUAAGUGACCGAAGUUGCUCAAAUUCUAGUUCGAAAUUCGUUGUUAUCGGGAUUAUUAUAUGUUACCUACCACCUUCAGCAAUAUGAAAAUAAUGUAUAAAGUAUUUUUAUUAUAUUAUAUUAUAUUUGUUGAUAUUACUGUACAAAUGAUCACUUUACUUCUGACCUGUAUAUCGUGCAAAAAUAUAUGGAUUAUAAAGUGAAUAAAGUAUUAGUUUUAUAUAUUA